GUCCACCACAGGCGUCGCACGCUAUGAAGCGUGAGCUGCGUUCCGUGACACUCAAGGCUUCGCCCUUGCCAUCUUUCACGCCUACACGUUCGUCCAGCCGUUCGUGGCGCAUUGGGCCGUUGCUAUUGGUCUACGCUGCGAGUUUCCUGCUGCUCGAGCUGUUGCUCUUCCGACACGCACAGUUCUCUACCGGUCGCCGUCUCGUGGAGGUCCCAGAGGACUCCGAACGCUUCGCUCUGUCGCCUCCGGAUCUCGAGGACGCCGAGUUCGCCAAAAUCCAAGUGCCACAAUGGAUGACGGACAAAAACAGCGAUGUGCCCGUUCAGGAGCGCGAGCAUCUGAGUUGGCUACAUUCCGCUUGUGUAGCUAAGAAACAGGCAAUUAUCCCAUGGCAACAUGGUGCACCUGAAAACUCCGACCAAGAGAAGAGAGAAGAGGCGAAAGUACUCGAAAGAGGCGACCCACGAGUCAUUGAACAACUGAAAAAAUGUCCCGACGUGGACAUUUAUCUACCCGACGGAAUCCGCGGACUUGGAUACUGUGAAGAUGCGGUGGCAUUUACAAAAUAUCUACACUCGAGAUUGCUGCCAUUGUGGGCGUUGGAGGACAAAUUCUUGGACCCUGAGACGAAUAAAAGCGUCAUGUACUACGAAUUGUGUCCACUGACGCCGAUAUUAUUCUUCAAUCACUAUUGGGAUGAUCGCCCGACGAGAUCGGAGUGGCCGAAAGAGAAGCCGAUUUAUAUCAUGCCAAAUAUUGAGAUGCGCGAGCUGACGGCGAAAGAAUAUUGGCGUGUGGAUGCUGUGCUGUGCAGAACGUUGGCGUGUGAUCAGCGAGUCAAGGCGUGGUAUGCACAGGAGGGGAAUCCGCGCAAUGCCAAGGUGUUUUACACUCGCUUCACGUCUUCAGACACUACAGCACACGCCGUUGAAAUGCUCGGAGCAGAAAAUAUACGACGGAAAAGCUUUGCAGACGUGCAAUUCAUACACACGGCGGGCUCCAGUGUAUAUAAAGGCACUGAACAAGUCCUUGACUGCUGGUUAUCGCAUCCCACCUUCCCACCUCUGGAACUUUAUAUUCAUGAGGAUAUCUAUGGAGAACGCUACAAAUCGACUUAUGAAGAUGCGAUCCUCGAGGCACCAAAUGUGAAUUUAAUUCGUAAGCGGAUGGACUCGGUAGGCUUUGGAAAAGUGAUGGCCGAGUCGGCAUUUUUCCUCUGUCCUAGCACACAAGAAGGUUACGGUCACUAUAUUGACCAAGCUCGUGCGUCAGGGGGGGUAAUCAUCACAACAGACGCACACCCGAUGAACGAGCUUAUCUCUUCAAAGGAUAUGGGAGUCCUAGUGGAAACAGAGCGUGAAUCCGGUCCCGAUAUUCUUCUUGGAGGAGCAUAUCGCGGCACACACGGACUCAAAGCGGCCGAUGGACUUGUAGCCAAAUUUUCAGCUCAAAAUCUUUGCGACUCCGUGGGAUACGUACUUAAACAUACCACUACAGCACAACGCGAAGCCAUGGCGAAGACAGCUCAACGACAGUAUUACGAAGACACGAAGUUCUUCGCGCAGCGUAUGAUCCAACUGCGACUUUUUGCACGCCAGCAACGCAAUUCUUGGGUACCACCCGAAGAGGACAUCGCUGUGGGCGACCCGGAACGAAUGUUCUUCCGACGCGCAUGAUAGUGAGUAGACAAAACUCGUACAACAAAACAAUACUACUACUACGUAGUACGACAUAAUACAUUAUUUUCCCUCACAGAAAACAAAUAAUAUCAUUGUUCUAAUUUUUGGAAAGUAAAA